UUGACAGCGGUCCAUCUUAUAUUGUUGAAGCAGUUCAGGACGAACACAAUACUUUCUUUUCCAGUCGCUCGCGUAACUUUAAAAUGUAGAACAACUAUCUAACUUUAGCUUAACAUAAAGAGCACAAUAGAUGCACUGCACGGUGGGACGGCAACCUUUUUUCUCCUCUGCUAUGAAUCUUUGCCAAAGGAAAUUUGUGUUUUGGGAUUAUGAAAGGGCUGCUCAUUGCCAGUCGAUGUGUAGCUAGAAGAGCAACGGGACGCUGUGACAACGAGCUAAAUGUGAGUCUGGUCACAGUUGAAUGACUGGCUGCUUGUCAUCAUGCCGAGCCAAACGACGUCCCCGCCGCUGACAGUGACUGUGCUUGCCGCGCUGUGGGUCAGUUUGGGUCGGUGCGAUGUGUCCGAGUCUCUGGGGCCAGGAUGUGACAGUGGAAAGCUCUAUUUGGAUAAAGACCUGUCUGAGGAUGUCGUUUAUUGGGACUGUCCGGUGUCUAUUUGGUCAGAGUCUGCUCAGAGACUUACUAGUAUCGACACAGUGUAUGAUCCUGAGCCAGCCAGGCAGAUCUGCAUGGAUAAAUCUAUUUCCUACCAUCAUACCAUUCCCAACAGUGGAGCAUUUAGACCAGUAAGGGCUGAGAGUGGAGAGUACUUGUACUGCCCUCCUCAACGCUGGCUCAAUAACUUGCAUCAUGCAGCUACUGUUUUGCUCUACCAUCCAUGCAUUCCUCUCCACGAGCGUCUACAUCUGUCUGUCCUGGCCCGCUCCUGUCUGUCAGACUACAUCAUUACUGCUCAUCCACAGCUCAAUAAACACAGACCAAUAGCCUUGGUGUCCUGGGGUCGCACCUUGGAGCUGUCCACCACAGCCUCCUCGGACAUCUGUGAUUGGCUGGAGGCCACAGCAUCCACGAGCAGUAGGUUUGAUGGUGUGAGCCAGAGCAGAAAGUACAACUUGCUGUUAAUCUGGUCAGCUGAGCAGCGCUGGCAACAACAUGCACAUCCAGAGGAAAACUCAGCAAAAAUGAAGGAGUCUCUGAGGCUGUGCUGUGAGAAGACCAUCUCUUCACUGCUGAAUCGACCGAUGGUGGCAAAGGAAGGAAAAAUUAGGCGGAUAAGAGCUGCUAUAAGAGAAAAUCCAGAGAAGAGAGAAAACACAAGAGCACGUGUUUCUAGUUUUACGUCAAACCAGACUCUCAGCAUCACAGGGGACGUACAGGACCACAACAACACACUUGGACCAACAGCAGAUUCUUCUCCAGGGAACAGGACUCCGACAGAUCCUCCUGCUACAAGGGGAGCUCCUUCUCCAUCUAAGAUCCAAAAUCUAAACCAGGACCUCACACCCAGGUCCACAAGUCUUCUGGGCUCUAUUAUGCCUGAGACUACACUCAGAACUCAGUCUUUAGGAUCUGGAGCUACUGGGUACCACAAAAGCAGGCUAACACAACAGACAGCAGCACAGCAGCUCAGUCCUCAACACACUGCCCUCAGAAACCCCUCUGCUGGGCUGGACGCUCUUGGUGUGAACAGUGAACAUAACCAUAUUGUCAGGUCUGACGGCCUGGCACUCGGCUCCAAAGAUGAAGGUAAAGACUCCGUUUCGCAUUUGAAACACGUGAAAGAGAGCGACUCCAGAGAGAAACACAGCACAGCAAAUGGCAUGAUGAAGGAUAAUGAAGUAGUAGAUGUUAAAGAGAGAGAGUUGGAACACAAGCAGGUACACAUUGACACACACUCUCACCACAAAAGUGAAAACACUGGCUUCGAUUCUGUUUCCAAAUCCCAACUGGCGUCUCUGCCUCAGCCACAGCAACACUUGAACCCACAGCCAGCCAGUUACCUCCCCAACAGCCACAACUGUGACGGCUGCAAAGCAGGAGAACGCUGUGAAUGCAACAAGGACUUGGAGGCCGAGGCCCAGGUCACUGUUGUGAAUAAGGGCUUGCCGAGGACCCCAAGGACGGAUGAGGCAGUGUGGGCAGCAGCAUCGCUGGGUUUCCUGCUGGUUCUCUUAACCCUCUCAGUGCUUCACACACGCCUGUACCGCCACUGGAGGACCACUCCCAGUCUUUACUGGCACGACCCACAGCAGGACUAUGAUAGCGUGGCAGAUGUAAUCCGCAGGAGACUACGAAUUGCAAAGAGGAGGCGGAAAAGGGGCCGAAGACAGGAGUGUGUUCUUCUGCCCAGCUCCUCCAGCUCAGAUGAUAAUCCAUAGAAAAAAAUGAAGGAAACAUCCCCAAGAUUGUCAAGAAUGCUCUCACUGCGUGUAGAGGAGGUGAAGAAACUGUGAGAAACAAAUUAGACCUGAGUUGUGCAAAAUGGGCUCAUUAUUAGGGCAGCAUUCCUCAUGAUCAUAUUGUUUAACAGAAGUAUCUUUUUCGACCAUGAGAAAUGCACUGGAACACAGAGGCAAAAGAUUUCUUCACAAAUAUGGCUGAUUUAACAUUUAGUAGUCCAAGAGCAGUCCACCACUAACAACCAUAAAAGAAUGUCUACAUGAGAAGCUAGCUACACAGCCCUCGUGGGUUUCGUGGUACCGGAUACCUACUUUGACUCCUCAGGACAUCCCCGAAACAUUAAAUCGAGUCCAAAGAGAAGCUCUUGGUUGUAAUUCAUGACCUGUGAACUUCCUAUAUUUGUACGACUUCUUUGUCUUGCACAGUAUAUAUGCCUUAUUUUGCUCAGUCCAGUUCUGGUUUUUUCCAUUUUUCUACCAGAUGAUUUUUUUAUUGUGCUGCAUUUUGUGUGCAUUUUGUUGUAAUAAGUAGCUUUUUAGCAAUACUGAGUUGAUUUCCCCUGUGAAGGUUUAGUAUGUGAAUAUCUAUGUUGCUGUUCUAAGCAACACUGUCAUAUGAUGGAAUGAACAUGUGAAUAGCUGUACUUUGAAGGCAUUUUUGGAGAAAAUUCAACAAUAAUUUGAACAGUAAAUUUCUUCACAGAAGUGCUGAGUGUGUGGGUUGCUGUUUGAAACAGCUGCUAUGGAUGUCAGCAUGUUUCCUAUUAGCACCAUCAGCAGGUAGCAUCUGGCCACUUACAGCCAGACCAAUAAUUGGAUUUGUGAGGCUGAUGCCAAUAUCAACAAUUGAGGGGUCAAAAAGAUGGACCUAAUGCCUUUUUUUUUUUAACAAUAGCAUUUUUUAUAAAGAACUGAACAGUGUCAAAGAUAUUGAGCACAACAUUUGCAAUAGAAAGAUAAAAUGUAAUGCAGCUCCUUUUUAAGCUACCUUAAAUCUCUUACUGAUCCCCAUAGGGAAACCUGCUCUCUGCAUUUACCCCAUCCUAUGUAUUAGGAGCAAUGCCAGCCACUUUCCUUUUUGAGAAGGAAGCAAAGAAAAUUCAGCAUUUAACAACCGCUACAUGGCCGAUAUACAUAAACUGAUCAGCCACAACAUUAAAACCACUGGCAGGAGAAGAUCAAAUUAGUGAACUCUGCAGGGAAACCUUGGGUUCUGUUUAUCAUGUGGAUGUUCUUUUACACAUCAAAUUUGGGCAAAAGAAACAAUGCAGGUUAAUGGCAUGAAAUUAUUAGAACUUUAAUAAGAUGCUGCUGCUCUUUCAAUACUUCCAGCUGUUGUGCACCUUAUACCAAGCUGUAUUUAAUGAUCUCUCCAUGUCAUCAUGUAGUUACCUUUUUUACAGUAAGUAACACUAAAUGCAGAUAGAACCACAGCUUGUUUCACCAUUUUAUUACAAAUGUACAGCUUAUGUGUUUCCAUUACGAUUGACCUUUUUCAGUCAUUGUUUUCUCUACUUUAUACAGUUUUUAACUUCUGUUAAAAGAUAACUCUCCCGUCACCCAUCUCCCAAAGUGUAGAGCUGUAAAGAAACACAGGGACAGCAACAGUACAGGCAACAGUGCACUGCCAAUGGCUGACUAUCAGAAGUGAGUGAGAAUAAUUCACUGUCUGCAAAUUUAAAGUUUGUACUUGUAGAAAGCUUGGUCCAGCUGAUAACUUGAGGGUGGUUAUAAUGAUGAUGGAGUAGACAUGGUGUUCGACAUCAACCGACAGAAGCAUUUAACAUUCAUGCUCGAGGCACCCUACAUAGUGUUCACUAACUUGGGGAAGGACUGGGCCAUGUGCAUUUUAGACCCUCCUCUCACCCCUUUUGAGAUGACUGUAGUGCUAAGCCGAAGUGCGCUUCAGACCUUUCCUAUUGCCUUAUCCUGAAUCAAACCUGGCAUCCUGCACCUAAUGUACUUGAACUAAGACCUUUGGGAGAGUGCAGUACAUAAUUUAGAUCCUACUUCACCCAGCUGGUGUUUGAAAAAUAGUGCAACUAUUACCACACUGUUGAGUUAACUGCCAACAUCAAACCAUUAUCCUCGCUCUUGGCUUCCUGUGGACUCCAGUAGGAUCAUUAAUAUGUACAAUAUAACUACAUAAGGGGGUAAUACCACAGCAUUAACCAUACUUACAAGACUUAAAAUAUCUAAAAGUACAUUGGUGUCAAGACUAAAGAUCUGAAUGAAGAUCUGGUAAAUAGAUGCCAUAGCCUGAAGCCCACUUGGGCCAACAAAUAGACAUAAAUAUCUCGCAGACAUAAUGCUAACACAUAGCUUAAUAUAAAAUAUAGCAUGAAAAUAUAUGUUCAUAUAUAUGACUCUAGUCUAAAAGUUGGGCAAUCAUGAUUGAAGGGACAAGCUUCUUUGCUGGCCUCUCGUGUGGGUGUGUGUGUUUAAGUAUCGCUGUUGUUCCAGCAGUCAGUAUAACAUCACUGUAAUUCAGCCAGGAGAUGAUGAUGAUGAUGAUAAUGAUGAUGUCCAAAGGCAUUCAAUAGCAAAUAACGAUACAUUUGAUGAGUCUUCUGAACACAAUUUGUUUUGACAGUAAACAGAGCAAGCAAUCCAUCCUCCCCUACAGAGACAACCAUGCGAGACACUGAGGGACACUGACAAAGGACCCCAAGUGAGGCGGGGAGUCAAAAACAAAACAUGAAUAAAGUGGACAGAGAAGUGCUGAAGGAGGUCUUGUGUCAGUCUCUCAAAGUGUUUGGGGCUAAUUAAAGUCUAACUGCUUUUUGCUCCAAGGUAGCAAAACAAAACAAGAUUGAGAUGUAACUGUUGUGUCAUGGAUGAGGUCAAUGUUUCAAGCGAGUAUAUUUAAUGUGCAGAGGCCUUGUGAACACUGAGCAUGGUUAUAGAACAGAGCAAUCCAAGAACAACCAACUAUUAAUGCCACAAACACUUUGAGAAACCAGAGAGAUAUUGGGGAAAGAGUAGAGCUAAAUCCAAAUUCUCGUGGCAGCUAGGAAGGACUUUUUAGGUCUCAUCUGCAUCCUUUCAUUACAGAUAUGACCAUAUUUGUUCGGCACAGUACAACAAGCUUUAAACCUACAGUAGGCUAAGUGCGCUAUCUAUUUGAAAAAAACAAAAAAACAUCUUUGUUCCCAAAUGCUGUCUCUCCAUUGGCCGAGUGUAGAGACAGUGAGCUAGAAAAGACAACUUCUGUGGCCCAGAUCAGCAGGCCACGACAGAGGAUCACGUGGAUAAUAAAAAACCAAAACCAAACGUGGGCUUCAUCUGCUUGCCAGAGUGAAAAUAAUACAUGGCAAGCUGCAUCAAACACAUUUGUGGUGGCUAAAUUAGUGUAUUUUCUCAAAUUAGUUACUUUCACCAUAUUUACUUUCCAGGUUGCUAGAUCUGGUGCUUUCCACAGGAAUACCUAAAUCUUAACUGCAACAUACCAGUAUGUGUAUCAACUUAAUCUGACUGAACCAAUUAGUUAACAUGCAUGCAAAUUAUGGCUGCUGUGUAAUGCAAGCAUCCAAGCACACCCACCAUUUAAAUAACAUACUGCUUUACAGCAAGACCGGGGAUGUGUGUUAAUCCUCAUACACUAACUGGACAAACUUAAUUUAUUAUCCUGCUUGUCACAGCUAAAAUGAAUGUGGGAUUGAUUCUGAGAUGAUUCCACUGGCUCUGUUAAAUGAGGCAAUCUGAUAGGAUGAAUCAAGCCCAAAACGACAACUAAAGAUACACGAAAAGAGCAUUUUGAUCCAGGUCCUGUUAUAAUGCACCAAGGGGCUUCCGGUCUGACAGAAAGUCAAAACCAAAAACAAACCUCCCACUACACCCGCUCCCCUUUGGCAACUGUUCAGCCCCUUGGCCACAGGACAUACAACAACAUAAGAAAGAAAACUCAAGUGUCACCCAGAAAUGGUGUGCUUGAGAAACGUUGAGGACCAUUUCACAGGUUAUUUCCUUUAUGUAUGUAUGUGUGUGCAUGUUUACUUUAAUCCCAGUAAGAGUUUGAGCACAUACUCACCACCUGUCUCCCAUUCCCACUAAAUGAGAAUCAUAAACAGUUAAAUCAAGAUGACAGUCAGUAAAAAUAUCAAUACAAAAAAAACAAACAAAAGGCAUUAUAAACAACAAUAAUAAAUCACAAUUAUUCCAGUGUAAGUGUUUGUUUUAUGUAAGUCAGUAAUUUUUGUCCUCAGAGGUGCAGACCACACUAAUCUGCAUAAUCCAAAAUAAAAAAUAAUAAACAAAAAAAAAAAA